CAGGGCUUUUCCAGUUGGCCUGCCUGUGUUUCCUGUGUGGUCCGCUCAAAGGGUUAAAGCCCAAAGUGAACUGAAUUGUAAGAAGUUGGUUUCCAAGGGAAACUGUUCGCACCGUUCCAGCUGAGGCGGGACAAACCAACUGCCCUGACACGGAGGGGGUAGGGGUGAUCUGCUACGAUUGCGAAUUAAUUCAACACCGCGUCGCUUAUUAAAUAUUAACACAGUUAAUAUCGCGCGUUGUCGCUGCGAUACAUCGCUGACAGUGGCGUUGUUUGUCGUCGAAGCCGUUUCGCGACACGAAAAGAUGAAUGUUGUGACUUGCCUCCACCCCUCCCGUACGGCUAGAGUGCCGGGGUCCCUGCCAAGUCGGUUUGAAAAGAGCAGACAAAGGCUUUGAGCUCAGGACGCCCCUCUCUCUCUCUCACUCUGCUCUACAAAGCCAACCUAGCUCUAUCUUUUUUUUCUUCUUCUUCUUCUGCUUUUAUAUCAUGGAAAUGUUUUCUAAUAGGUGGCGUUAAGAGUGCUGGCUUUAUUUUUUUUUCCCACUUUCUUAUUCUGAAAUGUACGACCGUCUGGAUCCCCGCUCGGCCGAGAGAGGACGGCUUUUUGUAGGUAUAAUACAAGGAAGCGUCGUCUGAGAGAGGGAGCGAGAGGGGGAAGCAUUGACGCUUUUUCCUCCUCUCCUCCUCCUUCUUCCUUUCGCCCCCUUCUCCUCCUCUUUUUUGGCGGAGAGAGGGUAGAGGCAGGAAUAAACGCUUUUUUUUUUUGUUUUUUCUCUUUUCUCUUUUCUUUUUUAAAUGCAUUUGAAUCCUACUGCGCAACCAGACCGGAUCACGUGGGGUUUGGAGAGAGUUGGAUCGAUUUUGCACAGUUCAAUGUGAGAAAAAGAAAGAGAAACAAACAACUCCUAUUUCUUUUUUUUUUUGGGAGGUGGGGGGUACUUCUGUGGAUAACUGGGACUGUUGAUACUUUUGCAUAAUUGCAACAGAAGGGGUGGUGUUUGAGUGUGUUUUUUUUUCAGCCUUGGAGGUGUGGAGUAUUAAUUCUUAUAUGCCUGGGGUUUGAAAAACAAUGGAGACGCACAUUUCGUGCCUCUUCCCGGAAAUUUUGGCCAUGAUUUUCAGCUAUCUGGACGUGAGGGACAAAGGCAGGGUAGCCCAAGUGUGUAUCGCUUGGAGGGACGCAUCCUACCACAAGUCAGUGUGGAGGGGGGUGGAGGCCAAGCUGCACCUCCGCCGGGCCAAUCCCUCCCUGUUCCCCAGCCUCCAGGCCAGGGGCAUCCGGAGGGUCCAGAUCCUGUCCCUGCGCCGCAGCUUGAGCUAUGUGAUCCAGGGAAUGCCUAACAUAGAGUCCCUCAAUCUGUCCGGCUGCUACAACCUCACGGAUAACGGGCUGGGUCAUGCAUUUGUGCAGGAGAUCCCAUCACUUAGGGUUUUGAACCUGAGUCUGUGCAAGCAGAUCACAGACUCCAGUCUUGGCAGGAUAGCUCAGUAUCUGAAGAACCUGGAGGUGCUGGAGCUUGGUGGCUGCAGCAACAUCACCAACACUGGGCUUCUGUUGAUAGCCUGGGGCCUCCACCGGCUCAAGAGCCUCAAUCUGAGGUCUUGCAGGCAUGUUUCGGACGUGGGGAUUGGACAUUUGGCGGGCAUGACCCGCAGCGCGGCGGAGGGCUGCUUGAACCUGGAGUAUCUGACUCUCCAGGACUGUCAGAAACUAACGGACCUGUCACUCAAACACAUUUCCAAGGGGCUGACCAAGCUCCGGGUACUGAAUCUGAGCUUCUGCGGGGGGAUCUCAGACGCAGGUAUGAUCCACCUCUCCCACAUGGCAUCCCUGUGGAGCCUCAACCUACGCUCCUGUGACAACAUCAGCGACACAGGGACCAUGCACCUCGCCAUGGGUACCCUAAGGCUCUCCGGGCUUGACGUUUCCUUCUGCGAUAAGAUAGGGGACCAGACCCUGGCUUACAUUGCCCAGGGGCUGUACCAGCUCAAGUCUCUGUCGCUGUGCUCGUGUCACAUCUCUGACGACGGGAUAAACCGGAUGGUGAGGCAGAUGCACGAGCUGCGGACCCUGAACAUUGGACAGUGUGUGCGCAUCACGGACAAAGGGCUGGAGCUCAUAGCUGACCACCUGACCCAGCUGGCAGGCAUCGACCUGUAUGGAUGUACCAAGAUCACCAAGAGGGGACUGGAGAGGAUCACACAGCUCCCCUGCCUUAAAGUGUUGAACCUGGGACUCUGGCAGAUGACAGAGAGUGAGAAAGUGAGGUGAUUGGAAAUGUGUUGUUUCUGUUCUUUUUUUUCUUUUUCUUUUUUUUUGUUUGUUUUUUGGAUGGGGACAGAGGGGGGCAGGGGGAUAGAUGGGCGGGUAAAUUUCUUUUAUGAUUUAAAAGAAAGAGAGAAGAACCUCCCUUUUCCCUCCUGUGUGCUUGUGCAAGGUGUGCUUUUCCCAUGUGACCAGGAUUUUAUGUUCAAAUGUUUUUCUUUCUGUUGGCCUUGCAGGAUUUCAAUUAGUGUUUUUGAUAUGAUUUUAAUAUUCUGCCUGGUAGGAAGCAAUUAAAACUUUUUGUUAUGAGCUCAUAAAAAGAAAACCCUGUUUAACAAUUGUUUUGAUCUCAUAUUGAGUUUUAAUGUCUCCUAAAUUCUGACAUUGGACUGGAAUAACUUCAAUGCGAAUCAGCUUGUUUCACACAUUUUCAUUUCAAAGUGUCAUUUAAAUAAUCCGCUUCAUUUACUUCCAGAAUAUCCCUGAAGUGAAACUUGCAUCCAUUUUUAAAGCAAAAAGAGGUGUUAAAACUUGAAUAUGAGACUUUUAUUUUCAGUGAGUCUGGAUUUGAGACAUUCACGACUAAUCUCCGCUACAGCCAUCACGCCUAAAAACAUUUGGCUACCUCGUAUGUGGUUGUUUUCAAAGGGUGUAUACUGUUAAAGAAGAAGAAGAAGAAGAAAAAAACAGAAGGAAAGCGAAAAUGAGAGACUGGGAGAAAAUGUGCCUAAAGGGACUGUGUCUGCCCCCUCCCCCAUCCCCUCCCUACCUCCCUCCUCCAUGAGCAGAGCUGGAGAAAGGAGACCAGGACACAAUCUAACUACCUUUUGUUAAUUUACCCCCAUAAACAGCAACAAUUUCCCUGCAGAGGGGAACGAGAGAGAAAGGGAGAGAGCGAGCUGUAAAAUCUAUUCAGAUUUCAAGAGGGCGACGCUUUAUGCAAAACAAAAAAAAAGAAGAAGAAAGAAGAAACAACAAAAAAAAAUAUGAACCCGCUUGUGUGCAAGAGCUUUUUUUUAUUGUUUGUUUUCUUACAUUUUUUUUAAGGGAUAAAGUCCAACUUUAAUGCCCUUUUGGAGACAUGUGUUCAGGCUUUGACGCAAAUAAAGGAGGCAGGAUGAUCAGCUUGCCCUUAGAAGAAAUACCUACAGUCAUCCUAUAAUAAUACUAUAGAGAGAUAUGGGCUUAUUACAGAUAUGUUCUUUUUGGUCUGUUAUAGGGAUGUUUGGUGUUUUUUGUAAGGGGAUGCUGUUGGACACAAAUGUCAGUGGAUGUUGCUCAGAGCGUCGUACUUCAAAUUGAAGUGAUUUCUAUAUCUUAUACCCUUUAUUGAUCGAAACGAAUCAGGGUUUGUCUCAUGGCUUUAUUUUCCCACGUUAAUGCCAACACAGGUCGCAUUCAUAUUCAUGUUGCUCUCACCGGUAAGAGAGAGAGAGAGAACGAGAGAGGUAGAGGGAGAAGAGAGAGGAGGGUAGGGAUAUCUUUUUUUCCCCCCUCUUUUUCUCCAUCUCUCCCUGAAUAAAAAUACCCUGAAUCCAUUUUGAGACAUGCUUAGAAUAAGGAGCAAUCGAUUAUUUUUCUCUUUCUCUCUCUCCAUCUCGGGUUACAAGCUGGAUGCGUCUCUCUCUCUCUCUCUCUAUCUCUCUUUCUCUCACACAUGCACGCGCGCACACAGGGGCCUGUGUGUGUGCGCGGGCGUUUUAAUGUAAUGCAAUGACCUGCUAGAAAAAUUAAUAUACGGAUGUGCGUCCUGCUGAAAAAGCUGUGUGUGUUUGAAAAAUAAAAAAGAUGUACUGUAUAUUAUGUGUUUGUAAAGAAGAAAAAAAAUGCAGAAUCCCAAAAUUAAAUUGUUUUAUAUUCUUACGGUUAAAACAAUUAAAGAUAUUUAUAUAAUGAACGAAAAAGAACA